AUGGGUUUCGGCGGUGCUGCUUUGAAGCUGGGCUCUACAGCGCUGUAUGCGCUUGAGUUCUGCUGUGCCGCGAUCAUCCUCGGUAUCUACAGUUACUUCCUGUCUGUAGAGGCGGACCGCGAUGUCAACAUCCCCGUCUGGCAACAGGCCGUUACCGGCCUCGCUGGUGCGACUGUGCUGUACACCAUCUUCGCAGUCCUGUUGACCUGCUUCCUUGGCGGAAAGAAAAUCUUUGCUUUCCUCGGCAUACUCCUCGACAUCCUCUGCUGCGGUGCCAUGAUCGCCGUCGCCGUCCUGACCCGCGACGGCGCAUCCAAGUGCUCCGGCCGCGUGCAGACACCCCUCGGUGACGGACCCGCCAACUCCAAGGAAGGCUUCGGUUCCAACGGCCGCGGCGACCAGAUCACCUACUCCGCCUCGCUCGGCACGAUCUGCAAGCUCAACACCGCCUGCUUCGCCGUCGCCAUCAUCGGCGCCUUCCUCUUCCUGCUCAGCGCCCUCGUCCAGGUCUUCCUCAUGAAGCACCACAAGAAGGAGAAGGCGUUCGGUCCCGGCCCCAGCAACGGCUACACCAAGGGCUCCGGCAUGAAGUUCUGGCAGCGCCGCAAGGCUAACCGCACCACUGGACACCGCGACCCUGAAGUCGGUACCGUCCCUGCUACUACCGCUGGUGGCCUCGCUGUACCUGCUGGCACCCACGACUACCGCCCCAGCCACGACACCGCUUACACCGGCUCCACCGUCGCUGCUCCCCACACUGGUUUCGCGACCGACAAGCCUGUGACCGGUGGAUACCACACUGCUCCUCACGUCGCUCCUACUGCCAAUUACGCCAACAACGGUAACACCGCUACCUACGGCUCAGCCACCAACUACUAA